GCCCGCGGGGCGCUGCCGAGCCCGGGGCCGCCGGAGGUGGCCGGAGGUGGCCGGAGGGCAGCGGACGCCCCCCGGGGAUGCUGGGGGGGCCCCGGGAGAGCCCGGGCUGGGCAGGUUUCCUUAUCCGGGGCUCGCCGUGGCCCUCGCCAUUGGCCCGCGCCGUCACAUGGUCAACUUUGUUCACUUGACAAAAUUAAUGGCCAUGAGCUCGUUUUUGAUCAACUCCAACUAUGUGGACCCCAAGUUCCCACCCUGUGAAGAAUAUUCCCACAGCGAUUACCUUCCCAAUCACUCGCCGGAAUAUUACGGCAGCCAGAGGCACCGGGAGAGCUCUUUCCACCAUGAAGCGAUGUACGAGCCGCGGGCCUCCUGCAAGGAGCAGCUCUACCCGUCGUGCCAGGGCUCCGGCCAGCCCUGCGCUCCGCUGGCCCCCCGAGCUCAGCUCCACGCCGCUGCCGGGCCCCGGAGCCGCCCGGAGGAACCGAGGCCGGGCACCCCCAGCCCGCCCCCGGCCGGGCCGAGCCCCGCGGCGCCGCGCGGGGAGCCCGUGGUUUACCCCUGGAUGAAAAAAGUCCAUGUAAGCACGGGUAAUCACAUCUUGCAGGUGCUGGAGCUGGAGAAGGAGUUCCACUACAACCGCUACCUGACGCGGCGGCGGCGCGUGGAGAUCGCGCACGCCCUGAGCCUGAGCGAGCGCCAGAUCAAGAUCUGGUUCCAGAACCGCCGCAUGAAGUGGAAGAAGGAUCACAAGCUGCCCAACACCAAGAUCAGGUCCGGCUCCUCCUCCGGCUCCCUGCAGGCCCCGCAAGGAGGAGGAUCCCAAGCGCAGAUCCCGCAGGGAGGAGGAGCCCAGGCGCAGAUCCCGCAGAAUGGAGGAUCCCAAAGCCAGAUCCCGCAGAAUGGAGGAGGAGCCCAAAGGCAGAUCCCGCAGGGAGGAGGAGCCCAAAGUCACAUCCCACAAGGAGGGCCCCAAAGGCAGAUCCCGCAAGGAUCCCAAAGUCAAAUCCCGCCAGGAUCCCAAACUCGAUCCCACGGACCGGCCGCCGCCCUAUAACCGCCCC